AUGGCAGAGGGCGUCGGAACUCGAAGCCGAAUUGAAGAAAACGAAAGCAAAAGUCGAAGAAUCGAGAGCCAAUUAAUGGAUAAGGAGACUGAACUGCUGAGUCUUUCGACCAAAAACAAGGAGCUGAAUUCGAAGAUCGAGGAACAACUGGAACUUGCAAUGGAGUUGAAGAAGUUAGAGGCCGAUUUAGCCGAAUUAAAAGCGAAUUUAACAGCCAAAGAAAUCAAGUUGCAGAGUGUAACCGAGCAAAACGAAAAGCUCAAACUGGAUAGCAAUAAACUUAGUGUAACCGAGGAAAACGAAGAGCUCAAACUGGAUAGCAAUAAACUUAGCGAGCAAGUGGAACGCAUACGAACACAAUCAUGCCAGAGGGAGUCGGAACUCGAAGCGGAAUUAAAGAAAACAAAAGCCGAAGUCGAAGAAUCGAGAGCCAAAUCAAUGGAUAAGGAGACUGAAUUGCUGAGUAUUUCCACUAAAAACGAGGAGCUGAAUUCGAAGAUCGGGCAACAAUUGGAACUUGCAAUGGAGUUUAAGAAAAGCAGCAAGGUCUGCAGAGCAAGAGACCUGAAGAAACUCGACAAUUUAACCAAAGCAGCCGAAAAGAGGAGCGAAAGAGCAGCACUCUUGACCGAACAGCUCGAAUCGUCUCGAGCAGCAAUCAAGGAAAUGGAGGCAGAGUUAAGGAGAAUAAAGGUUCAGUCAGAACAAUGGAGAAAAGUAGCAGAAGCAGCCACUGCCAUUCUUUCUACAGGGAAUAGUAGGAAACAAAUGGACCAGAUCAUAUCUUUCGACACCAACCGUAAUCCGAUGCCGGGUUCUCUGAACUCAGAAGACAUUGAUGAUGAUUCACCAAAAAAGAAAAAUGGCAACAUGUUGAAAAAGAUUGGUGUUUUAUGGAAGAAAGGCCAAAAGUAG